AUGUUAAAUAAGACUCUUCCAAAAUUUGGUCUAAGAUAAGUUUCUCCUUGUUAAAGAUUGCAAAAGCCUGCAUUUGCUAAAAACCCGGCAUCUGGAUCACUGGUAUAAAUGAAAUACAAAUGUAGAUCCGAAUCAGAAACACCAUCUGUUCUAUCUUUUUUUAAAGGUUUUACUGUUAUACAAGUUCCAUCAAUACUUUAUUUAGGAUCAAAGAUAUUAUUGCUUGUGUUUGGUUAAACUUUGAUAAAAUUAGAAACAAAGUUAACAACAGUAGUAGAUACAGUUUUCAGAUAAUUAACUUAAUUAUUAGUAAUGGGUGGUAAUUCUGGUUUUGGAGAUAAUCUUGAAAAGUCAGUAGUUAUUCUUAUUGGCUGA